GAGUCCGGCUGCGCUCGCCCGUGGCCGCCGCCGCCGCCCCCCGGCCCGGGCCGUACCGGCCUCCCGCCGCGGGAGCAGGAUGGCGUUGAAGCGGAUCCAGAAGGAGUUAACGGACCUUCAGAGGGACCCCCCAGCUCAGUGUUCCGCCGGGCCCGUCGGGGAUGACCUGUUCCACUGGCAGGCCACCAUCAUGGGUCCGAACGACAGCCCAUACCAAGGUGGCGUCUUCUUCCUGACCAUCCACUUCCCAACAGAUUACCCUUUCAAGCCCCCAAAGGUCGCUUUCACCACCAAAAUCUACCACCCCAAUAUCAACAGCAACGGCAGCAUCUGCCUCGACAUCCUGAGGUCCCAGUGGUCUCCGGCGCUGACGGUUUCUAAAGUCCUGCUGUCCAUCUGUUCCCUGCUCUGCGACCCCAACCCGGACGACCCUCUGGUGCCGGAGAUUGCCCACACCUACAAGGCAGACAGAGAGAAGUCAUGCUUGAAGGCAGAAGAUUCAAUACAAAAAGAAAUACUUGAUCACCUCGCCGGGGAGUACAACAGAUUAGCCAGAGAAUGGACACAGAAAUAUGCUAUGUGAGUGCCCAAAGAUUGCCAGGGAAGCAUUUCGAUCCGAAGUUUACCGGCCGACGACAUCCCCUCGCUGAAGUUCUUGGCCGUCUUCUGUUUCCUCCGCGGCUUGUGCCGUUCACGAAGGUCCUUCGACUCCUGACAGACACCGGUCUCCCACCGGUUUUUAACCCCCUCCCCCCCGGUGCUCCCCUGCCAUCCCCAGGAUCCUGUCAGCGUCAUGGCCGGGAAGCCGGGAUCAGCCAGGCGCCACAGUUUGCUGAGGGUUCCAGCCAUCUGGAGAAGACUGGAACCAGCCCCUCCUCUCAGGCCCACCGGGCCUCACCCCCAAACACGGGCAUCCCCGGCUCCGGCCUCACUGCCUCACGGUGCCCGCUCGCGUCCUUAAUGCUACCCAGGAGGACCCGGCUGGGUGCCCCAACUCAUCAGCCCGGGCCUGGCAGAACUGAGUAAGUAGCAAUAGUCCGAGGCGUUCCCGGGAAGGACCAGCAACGUUUCCCGUAAUCCUCAGCUUGCCGCCUCCGGCGGAGCCCCUUGACCAGCCCGAGGAAGUAGGCCGGCAGGGUGGUAAAGCGGGCGAGCGGCUUCGGUAAAUAGCGGAGGGCGGGGAAGGGCCCUGUCCGCCUCCCUCCACCUCGGGGGAAGUAGCCCCCGGUCAGAGUCAUGAUGGGAGACGGUCAGCCCCUGGGGUGCCCGCGCCCCAAACGUGGCAUCUCUCCCCGACUUGGGCCGCUCUGCCCCAUGAGAGAAAACCCUGAAUCCUAGAGCGUUUUCAGGUUUCGUGGCUUCCACAGAGUGGCUACCCCGCCCCCUCUUCCCCUUCCUGAGCGUUUGCGAAACGGGCAGGAAGAAGGGGAAGGGUUUUUAAGCGCGUUCAGGGAUGGCGGAGAGGGGCUGAGGGCACAGACGGCACUUUGAAGGGAGAGACCCUUGUUGUAAAUAAAAACGGUAGCCCUCCCCCCCGCCCGCCGGAAACGGGUUCGUUCAUCUCUCGGAAAGGUUUCUCGGCUUUCGGGGCCACGGGCGUCACAGCAGGCGAGGCGUGGGGAUCGCCAGCUUUGCGAAGCUGAGGCAGGAGGGAGGCGGUGUGGAGGGGUGACGGCUGUUAGACUCUCGGGUGCCGACCCCGAGGACUUGAGGGGGAGGGAGGGCGCGGGGAGCCUUUAGCGUGCCGCAGAGGUGGGGGACACCGGAGCUGGGCGGGAAGGAGAGAUGGUGAUGGCAUCAGGCUGAAUCUCCACGGAGUGGACCCAGUGGCUAGUGACAGCUCGGACCCCGUCCCCAGCACCGGUCCAGGGGCUCUCCCCGGCCCGGCCCGUGUUGAGGCCCCAGCAGGUGCUGAGGCCAGGGAAGGGGAUGGGGCGGAGCAGCUGUAGUCUGUGCAGAUGAGGUCGCCCCGAGCUCCCGUACUAAAAAUCAAAAACACUGCCCGAUAGGUGAAACCACAGGCCUAGAGGGUGGCAAGCAAUUGGCUCAAAAAUCCAGGAGCUCAGCUGCUGCAGAUGAGUUGGCUAGGGAUUUCUCGGAAGGAAAGCAAAAGGCCAUUUAUUCCCAAAGGAAAAGUAGCCAGACUUGGUCUUCUCCUUUUCUGCUGUGAGGAAAAACCUCCCUUAAGUAUCCCUCUGAGGCAAGGUAGGGUUUUGUCCACUCUGGCCCCUCCCCCGGUAAAAAAAAGUCGUGCCCUCCGCCCUUUUAUCUGGGGAGAGGUCGUACCCGUUGAUCUCACCCACUCACCCUUCUCCCUUUUUAGUCUUGUGAAACAAAGGAAACAGAGAAAACCCCUUAACAUAUCGAGUGUUAAGACCACAGCCUGCUAUUAAUAAGGCGUUGCUGUGUAGAGUGAGAAAAUCAAUGUAAAGAGCUGGUAAGAGGCAAUAAUCUACCACACGGUGCUUGGUGCUCCUGUGUUUCAUUACCCAGCAUUAGGCAUCCGCGGAUCACAACGCACUUUACAGUUACAACUCAAGGAGAGUGCCGCCGGGGAGGGGCCGAAGUGAGCCCCGGACCAUAGAGGGGCAGGCCUGUCACCGAGCUAAACAGAGACUAGACUGGAUCGAGACCCAUUCCUCGCAUGUCCACGGGUUUCCAGCUGGUAUCCUGGGCUCAUCUGGGCUAGUCCGGAAUGUUUGCUGGUCAUAAACCAAACCAGCCAUUCCCCUGUGUACUCAGUGGAAAGCGCCGCAACCCCUGGGCUGGUAGCUAUUUGCAAGGCUGUGUAAACUCAGCUAAGGAGGUGCACCUGCCAUUCACUACCAUGUCGGCUGUCUUCGCUAGCCCUCGAGCUGCUUUGUCGCCUGUCCCGGUAGGAGCAGAGAGGGAAUCUGGCCCUUAAUAGCAGGAUCAGUCGGGGAUCCAUCUGGGAAAAGGGCGGGCUGGCAUCUGCUCUCCAUGGCGGAUGGGUGACUGGGGCAGGAGCCGGAUGCCAGGCGGGACCCAGGGGUGUUUUCCUGCUGGCCGGAAACUAGAGCUGAGAGGUCUUCAGGGUGAGACCCGGCACCUUCUUUCGGCUUGAUUCAGAUGGGCCUGUUGCGUUCUCAGCUGAACCUAAAGCCGAGAGCGUUAGUGCAGAAAGGGAAACUGGACCAACGUGCACGCUGGAGUCCGGGAGCUAUCGGGAGCCUCAGAGACCACGGGGCAUGCCCACUAUCUCUGGCCACCCCCGACUUCCCCGGCUCCAGAUGUCAGGGUGGGUACGGUCCAGCCGCCCCGUUGCUCGGGCUGGGCCUCGCCCUGGGUUUCAACCUGGGCAGUGACGGGGUGAGGAGAGGUCAAGGGUCGGUGUUUGAGUCCAACCUUGUCAAUGGACAUCCUUCCCUUUGGCCCCCCACCCUGCCACCCUCCUCUAAGCUGACACCAAUGCAGUUUUGCUUCUGGCUACCUCAUUUUCCUUUCCUAAGGGCAGAGGCCCUACCUCUUCCUCUCCACUUCCCCACCUCACACUUUUCAGUCACCAGCAAGCCUGUUCCUGUGGCCGAUAAGGUGCCGCGGGGCUGACCUGCUCACCCCCAGCCCGGAGCCGUGCCAACACCAAAUGGAGGAAGGUCAGGCUGUCCGCAGAGUGCGAGGCUGUGGACCCCUUCUCCCACUGAGCUUCUCUGUGUCUGGCAUCCGUGUUUCCCCAGGUCUGCCCUCCUCCCCUACAGGAGUGAACAGGCUGACCCCCGUUGGGAUUCGGGCUGGACACAGACUCCCAAGUAGCUAGCAUUCGGGGCAGGUGGGGCUGGGAGCUCCCGGAGGCCCCGUACCCCUCUUCCACGUGGGCUGGUGGCUCGGCACCCCACCUCGCCAGGCUCAAAAGAGACUGUGCCACCGAUCCAGACAGCCCCGGAGUCUGGGCUACCCCCAGGCACCCUCCCGCCGCCUGGCUUGCCCAGGAACCGUGAGGAACGGGCGAGCGGGUCAGAGCACUGGAGAGUUCCUGUCUACUAUGGUUUCCUCGAGCCUCUGGAAAUGCAGGCCGGUCGGUGUCUUGCUGUUCACCUGUGGGGCCUGACCCAUGGUCUCCUCAGGCAGGGACUCCCGCUCUCCCGUGAGAGGAUAUGCCAGGGCAGGGGAGCACAGGCUGUGGGGGAACAGUCUUGUCUGGGGUGAGUAGGGGGCCUCAAUCUAUCAAUCAGUGGUAUUUGUUGAGUGUUUACUGUGUGCAGAGUGCCGUACUAAGCACUUGGGAGAGAGGACAGAAUAACAGUUGGUAGCAUGUGUUCCCUGCCCACAAGAAGCUUAAUCUAGAGGAAGUCUAAAGUCUUCACCGUGCCAGUUCCUGCAUGCCACCUCCCGCCCACCUCCGAGUCAGCCAAGCAGGAAGUGCCAAUGGGGGUGAAGAGAUGGGGAUGAGGGAGGGAUGGAUCCAUUUUGGAUCUUUUCAGCCCUAAUUGGAAACUCUCAGGUCUCGUCAGAACCAUGGGAUGAGCAAGGCCGGGAACCCAGCUGACCCAGCUGGGGCCAUCGCCCCCAGACAGUCUGAGCACCUACUGCGUGCAGAACGCUAAACCAAGCACUCGAGAGAGUGAAACAGGAACAAAAGCCACAGUUCCUGCCCUCAAGGGGCACUUCAUCUCCCAGCUCUUCCUCUUGGCCCUGCUUCUGCAAGGACAAGGGGGGAAGUGUCUUGUACACCUGAGGAGCAAUCACAAAGACCCCAAACCCUCAUUUUGGGACGAGAAGGCGAUAGAAAUGGGGCCUGGGAGACCCACCGAGGUGGGCAAACAGAAAAUGGGUCAGGGGAGGUUUGCGGCCCCACCACUCAGACCCUGAGUCCUGAAAAAGGAAAACGUAGCGGUCCGGCUCGAGGAAAAGCCCAGGCCUAUGUAAUUUGCCCCCAGCUUCAGAAGAGGUCAGAAAGUUCCUCGGAACUGUGGGUUCAAAGGUCUUCGGCUCCCACAUUUGUCACCCGCUUCAGGUCCCUUUGGGUUCACCCGUCUCCGUACUGAACAGUCUCGGGCCUCCCAGUUUCCCUUCCUUAGGAAGGUGGGCAUUCAGAGGAUACACGGAGGAGCUGGGCACCCACAGGAUCGUGUUGGGGGAGCAAACGAGGCUUUGCCUGAGAGAGUUGAGGUCUCCAGACCCCUUUUUGCUGGCUUGGGGUCCCCCUCCUCUCCCUCCCCUGAGGAAUACACCUUCUGCGCUGACACAGCUGGCCCUCCAGACCCAACCCGGUGGUCUUCAGGGUGGCCUGUGGGCCAGCCUGCAGACGAGCCUUCCUCCAGGAGCACUUGGGAAAGUUGAAGUCUCUUUCUGUCCCCAGCGUCCCCGUCACCCGGCUCAGACCCCAGCCAGCCCCUUACUGUGAAGGUUUCCAUCUUCCCUCAAGAUGUGAAGAAUCAGUUUACCGAACCGUUGGCCACGCGAGUGAGCGUGUUUCCUUUGUAGGGCAGGAAGGGAGUGGCCUCUGUGGGACCGAGGUCACGCGAACGGCUCCAGCAGGGGAACUUCAUCCUGGCGGCCUCCUCCAAAAUCAUGUCCUUGCUAACUGUGAAUCUUCUGUUGGUGCAUAAAUGAAAUAAACGGUGAUCCUUUCGUAGUC